AUGUCCACUGUCUGCCAAUUAAAUUCCCAAGUGAAUGAGCUGCUGAGCCAUCCAGACAGAGUUGGAUCGCUUGCUUGGAAUGGUGAUGUUGUGUCGUCAGGAAGCCGGGACGGACUUAUCUUGCAAUGUGAUGUGAGAACUCCUAGUGUUGUUCCAGAGAGAAGGUUGGUUGGCCAUCGACAGGAGAUACAUACAGUCUCCAUCUUCAGCUCUGAAGAUAAAGACAUUUCAUCUCCGCAUCGCAUCACGACCCAGAAGAACAGCAUCAACAUCUUCACCACGGUUUGCGGCUUGAAGUGGUCUCCAGACAAGCAGAGCCUGGCAUCCGGUGGCAGUGACAGUCGUCUCAGUAUUUGGAAUCUCCAUUCAGACUCACCUGUCCAGACUUACACGCAGCAUUUGGCAGCAGUGAAAGCUAUUGCCUGGUCCCCGCAACAACGUGGACUCUUGGCUAGCGGUGGAGCUGAUCGGUGUAUUCGUUUCUGGAACACACUCACAGGACAACCAAAGCAGUUUGUGGACACUGGAUCUCAAGUCUGUAAUCUUAUCUGGUCUAAACAUUCCUCUGAACUGGUUAGCACCCACGAUACGUUGAAGAACCAUAUACGUAUUUGGAGAUAUCCCCGCAUGUCCCAGGUAGCAAGUCUCACUGGCCAUUCAUCUGCAGUGCCUUAUGUUGCUGUGUCUCCAGAUGGAGAAGACAUCGUAACUGGGGCUGGGGAUGAGACACUGCACUUCUGGAAAGUAUUUGAUAGAGAUCGUUCACAGAAGGAGAAGAAAUCAUCAGUGUUGGAUCUCUUCCAGAGCAUCAGAUGAAGAAGCCUGAGGGGAAGAGCGCUCGGAGACCUAGAUAUACAUGGGAGUAUAUUGUUAGUUGGGAUGUGUGGGAGAUACGAGCUGAAGGAGUUUGGAUUAGUUGGCUCAGGACAGGGUCUGGUCAAGGUCUUUGUUUUAUUCAAUGAUGAACCUUUGGGUUCCCAAAUCAUAUAGUUAGUUACUUCGUUAUAUUUAAUUGUGUUGAAUUUUUAUUUUCAAAGAUAUAGUUAGAGAAGACUCGUGUUUACUCUUUAAUGCCAAAUACCCAGAAGUACAUGUUUCUUAAAUCUCUGUGAGUAAUCAGCUAUUUAGCCUUUUCAUAUAUAUAUAUGUAUACAGAGUGAGUCAAAAGUAUGUUUACAAAGUAUGUGAUUGUACUGGCAUAAUGCAUGCCUGAAGUUUUGAGGAAACCCUGUUGUGUGCAUCGUGCUCGGGCAUGUGUAGAGAAUGGUGGAGCAACUUCUGAGCAUCUGCUACAAAGUAACAUCCUUGUCCUUAUACUUGGCUUUAAAGGCAUUCACUGAGACUUAUUUUUGGCUAUUAUUUUGAAAAAUAAGCUUUUGACGCCACAUGUUCAUAAAAACAUUUUUUCCAAAUUUUGAUCGAGGAAUACACACACAGUUUGUAAGCAUACUUUUGACUCAAUGUAUAUAUCAUUGUUUUUUCAUUAAAUUGUGUUGUAUUUUUAAUUUUAAAUAUAUUAUUAUAUAUGAGACUA